AUGUCUUCUUCAACCUCGAACCCGCGGAGUGUUGUUGAGGCAGAGGAGCUCGGCGCCGAGAUCAUUGAUAUGUACUCGGGCGUCACGCAUUCGGACACCGGAUGCUGUAGUGAAGCAGCGGCUUGCGACGCUGCAGCCGGGUGUGGAAGGUCGGAAUACGACGGCCAGAAAAAGCAGAGACUGGCGACCGACCACAAGAUUGGCGGCGUCGAAUGA